AUGUCCUCAAGAGCAGCAUAUCUUUCAAGGUAUUUAAGCUCUAGUGAUGAUAAACCAAAGAAAGGAAAAAAAGGAAAGAACGAGAGAAAUGCAACGACUACUGAAAGAUCAAAUAUAGUCAUCAAAAAUGACCAAUGUCUAAGUAAUAACGUCGGUAGCGAUGAAGAGUACGGAGAAGAUGAGGAUGUUACUGAGCAGGCGCCCAUGAAAAUUGAGAUGAAUGGAAAGAGGUCUUUUAAGGGGUUCAAAAGGAUCGAUGGUCAAAAUAAUUCGGACAAAGCUAUAGCGGAACCACUUUCCAAUCAAAUGGCCCCUGAAACCAUCUACAGAGACCUCAUGGGGAGAAAAAUAGACUUGGAUGCUAGGAGGAAGGAAAUCGAAAACGAAAAGCAACAUGAAAAGCGAAAUGAACGGCUACGAGAACAAGAAAAUCGAGCGAUCAACCAGAGUGAAAUAUCACGACUAGAGAACGAAAGAGUAGAAAGAAGGCUUAAAGAUACAAAGACGUUUCAUGUAUCUAAAGAUGACGAAGAAUAUGUCAACUUGAUGAAGUCGAAAGCAAGAAUAGAUGAUCCUGCUGUUGCAUUUAGUGGAGAGCCACAACAGAGUUCAAAUAUAUCAUUGACCGGAAAGUACUAUUAUAGUAAAGGCUUGAAUCUUCCGAAUAGGUUUGGUGUUAAGGCAGGUUACCUCUGGGAUGGUAUAGAUCGCUCCAAUGGGUUUGAGGCCCUAAUUUUGCAAAAAAGAGAGGACAUGAAGUAUAAAGAUAUGACCAGCAAAACAACCGAGUCUUACGAUAACGAUAUAGAUUACCUAUAA